GUUCCCCACGCCUGAUAUAGAAGAUCGACUGGACAGCUGCCCUCAAGGUGGCACCACUGCUCAUGGGACUGCCCCGGAGCGUGCUCGUCAGAUGAGGCCCGCGCAUGCACCAUGUCAUCAUGUGUCUCUAGUCAGCCCAGCAGUGACCGGGCCGCCCCCCAGGAUGAGCUGGGGGGCGGGAGCGGCAGCAGCAGCAGCGAAGGCCCGAAGCCUUGCGAGGCCCUGCGGGGCCUCUCGUCCCUGAGCAUCCGCCUGGGCAUGGAGUCCUUCAUCGUGGUCACCGAGUGCGAGCCGGACUGCGCUGUGGACCACGGCCUGGCCCAGGACCCGCUCCUGGAGGCCGAGGGCCCAGAAGUCCCCCUCGACGCUGGGUCCCAGUCCCAACCCCACCUCUCCAGUCGCAAGCUGUCCCUGCAGGAGCGGUCCCAGCUGGAUGCGAAUGGCCGCGGCAUCCACCCAGCCCAACCCUCCUCACCUGUGGGCUCCCCGCAGUCCUCGCCACGGCUGCCCCGGCGGCCCACGGUGGAGUCCCGCCACGUCUCCAUCACUGGUAUGCAGGAUUGUGUUCAGCUGAACCAGUACACACUGAAGGAUGAAAUUGGAAAGGGCUCCUAUGGCGUGGUCAAGUUGGCCUACAAUGAAAAUGACAACACCUACUAUGCGAUGAAGGUGCUAUCCAAAAAGAAGCUGAUCCGACAGGCGGGCUUCCCACGUCGCCCCCCGCCCCGAGGCACCCGGCCAGCCCCAGGGGGCUGCAUCCAGCCCAGGGGCCCCAUUGAGCAGGUGUACCAGGAAAUUGCCAUCCUCAAGAAGCUGGACCACCCCAACGUGGUGAAGCUGGUGGAGGUCCUGGAUGACCCCAAUGAGGACCAUCUGUACAUGGUGUUUGAACUGGUCAACCAAGGGCCUGUGAUGGAAGUGCCCACCCUCAAACCGCUCUCUGAAGACCAGGCCCGUUUCUACUUCCAGGAUCUGAUCAAAGGCAUUGAGUACUUACACUACCAGAAGAUCAUCCACCGGGACAUCAAACCUUCCAACCUCUUGGUCGGAGAAGAUGGGCACAUUAAGAUUGCGGACUUCGGCGUGAGCAACGAGUUCAAGGGCAGCGAUGCGCUCCUCUCUAACACUGUGGGCACACCUGCCUUCAUGGCACCCGAGUCUCUCUCCGAGACCCGGAAAAUCUUCUCUGGGAAGGCCUUGGAUGUUUGGGCCAUGGGUGUGACUCUCUACUGCUUUGUGUUUGGCCAGUGCCCGUUCAUGGACGAGCGGAUCAUGUGUUUACACAGUAAGAUCAAGAGCCAGGCCCUGGAGUUUCCAGACCAGCCCGACAUAGCUGAGGACUUGAAGGACCUGAUCACCCGCAUGUUGGAUAAGAAUCCCGAGUCGAGGAUCAUGGUGCCAGAGAUCAAGCUGCACCCCUGGGUCACGAGGCAUGGGGCGGAGCCGUUGCCAUCGGAGGACGAGAACUGCACGCUGGUCGAGGUGACCGAAGAGGAGGUCGAGAAUUCAGUCAAACACAUUCCCAGCCUGGCGACCGUGAUCCUGGUGAAGACCAUGAUUCGAAAACGCUCCUUCGGGAACCCGUUUGACUGCAGCCGGCGGGAGGAACGCUCGCUGUCAGCGCCCGGAAACCUGCUCAGCAAAAAACCAACCAGGGAAUGGGAGCCCCUGUCUGAGUCCAAGGAAGCACGGCAGCGAAGACAGCCUCCCGGGGCCCGACCCGCCCCUCGUGGGGGAGGAGGAAGUGCUCUUGUGAAAGGCGGUCGGCGUGUGGAGAGUUGGGGGGCCGUGGGCCCUGGCCACCGAACGCGCAUGCAUCCUCUGCGGCCAGACGACGCAAUGGAGUAGCUGCUGGACGCCCGUGACCUCGCAUGCUGGGUGUCUCACCUCCGGGGCUACGCAUCCUGCGUUUCCAUAGCAGCAUGUCCUACGGAAACCGAGCACGUGUGUAGAGCCUUGCCCGUCAUCUCUGGUUGUUGUUUUUUUUUUCCUUUGUUGUUUUAAAGGGGACA